GGUGGCGGAGCAGCUGCGCCCCCCGCCCUCCCAGGCCCGGCGCCCGGGCCGCCGGCGAUGGUGACACAUGCGGCGGCGGCGCGCCGGCGGCAGGACCAUGGUUGAGCGCGCCAGCAAGUUCGUGCUGGUGGUGGCGGGCUCGGCGUGCUUCAUGCUCAUCCUGUACCAGUACGCGGGCCCGGGGCUGAGCCUGGGCGCGCCCGGUGGCCGUGCGCCACCCGACGACCUGGAUCUCUUCCCCACGCCGGACCCACAUUACGAGAAAAAGUACUACUUCCCGGUGCGCGAACUGGAGCGCUCACUGCGCUUCGACAUGAAGGGCGACGAUGUGAUCGUUUUCCUGCACAUCCAGAAGACUGGCGGCACCACCUUCGGCCGCCACCUUGUGCAGAACGUGCGCCUCGAGGUGCCCUGCGACUGUCGGCCCGGCCAGAAGAAGUGCACCUGCUAUCGGCCCAACCGCCGCGAGACGUGGCUCUUCUCUCGCUUCUCCACGGGCUGGAGCUGCGGGCUGCACGCUGACUGGACCGAACUCACCAACUGUGUGCCCGGUGUGCUAGACCGUCGCGACCCAGCAGGUCUACGUUCGCCCAGGAAGUUUUAUUACAUCACCCUGCUGCGAGACCCAGUAUCGCGCUACCUGAGUGAGUGGCGACAUGUACAGCGCGGAGCCACGUGGAAGACCUCACUGCACAUGUGUGACGGGCGCACACCAACCCCAGAGGAGCUGCCUCCUUGCUACGAGGGCACAGACUGGUCAGGCUGCACGCUGCAGGAGUUCAUGGAUUGCCCCUACAACCUGGCCAACAACCGGCAGGUGCGCAUGCUGGCCGACCUCAGCCUGGUGGGCUGCUACAACCUGUCCUUCAUCCCCGAGAGCAAGCGAGCCCAGCUGCUGCUGGAAAGUGCCAAGAAGAACCUGCGCGGAAUGGCCUUCUUCGGCCUCACGGAGUUCCAGCGCAAGACGCAGUACCUUUUUGAGCGGACGUUCAACCUCAAGUUCAUCCGGCCCUUCAUGCAGUACAACAGCACGCGGGCGGGCGGUGUGGAGGUGGAUGAGGACACUAUCCGGCACAUCGAGGAGCUCAACGACCUGGACAUGCAGCUGUAUGACUAUGCCAAGGACCUCUUCCAGCAGCGUUACCAGUACAAGAGACAGCUGGAGCGCAGGGAGCAGCGCCUGCGCAAUCGCGAGGAACGCCUCCUGCAUCGCUCCAAGGAGGCGCUGCCGCGGGAGGACACAGAAGAGCCAGGCCGCGUGCCCACUGAGGACUACAUGAGCCAUAUCAUCGAGAAGUGGUAGUGGGGGCAGGGGCAGAGAGUGAUGGGCAAGAUUUAACGGGGAAAGAAAUGGGGCCGACAGUUCUCGCUGUUUGGUGGAGAGGGAAGCGUGCUAGUAGUAUACCCUAGACCUUGACGGGCAGGGUAGGACCUCUGAGGCAGGUGGCCUCCCUGCUCUCCCAGCCCCCGUGUCACACUUAAAACUGAUUUUGAGAAAAGACUGUCGAGGGGACAUGUCUGUUCAGCCGAGAGUCCCACGCCUACUCCGCACGCACUGGCCCCACUGACCCAGCCCCUCUAGGAACGUAUGACUAAUAGUUCAUCUGAAGCUCCUUGGCCUCAAGUGGUGGGGAGCCUCUUCCUUGAGAACCCAAGCGUAUCUCUGAGGUGUCAGUCCUCAGACCUGGAAUCUCCCCUUCUUACCCAUCAAGGCUGCUGUCAUGGUCGGGGUCGGCCCCAGCUGUUGCAGAGAAGACUCAAGUCUGGCACCUGGCCCCUGCCCUGUCUGGGCCGUGAUCAAAAGUCACAGUCCAUGCUGGCUUUGAGGGAGCCAGGCUCAGGCAGAAAAGGGACAUCAAGAGUCCCCCCCCACACACACAAAUCCCUAUGCUUUCUGAUCCACUGCCCCCAGCCCUAUCACUGGGACACGUAUACAAGGGCUCCUGUGCCACUGUUCCCACCGUGCCAGCAAGUCUUCAGUUCCAUGCAUUAAAGCAUCCGUUGGCUGGGUGGGAUACAGGGCCACGCCAGCCUGAGCUGAUACUGGAUGACCAGGAUGGGGACUUUCCCUUUCUCGGCUAAGGGUCGAAGGAGCAGCUCUGAAUGGUCCUUCCUGGGGCCUGUAUACAUAACCCUCCCCACCUGGCUCUCCCUGCACCUUUCUACCAGGCUAUUUCCAGCAACCCCGUGGGCCAGCCAGUGGCCCUACUAGAAGCCAUGUUGCAUAUCUGUUUUUCAGAACUUGACUAGUGCCGUGUCCCUUGUGUGUUCUAGGAGGCCCUGGGAGGCCCACCAUUAAGUGGAGGGGUCAUGGCUUUUAUAGUCCGUAUGCAUGUAGACAGGGGUUGCGAGCUGACAUUGAGGCAGGACAGGGGGCCUACUCCCUGUGUCCGUCUCACUCAGCGCUCAGGCCAAGAAGGGGUGGUUCAGCACAGGCAAAAGAGUAUGGGCCAUAUGUAGUCUAGCAAUAUUUCAGAUGUCGGCAGGUAUAGCUGCUGCCCAGAGCAAUGGCUUAAUCUUCACAUGUGUGUGGAAUAGAGCCUACACUCAGACAUCAGGCUUGGAGUCCACAGGCAGGAUAAGUUCUGUUGGGUGCUGUCCAGCCCAGUCCAAGGCCUGCUCAUGGUGAAUGAUCACACCAAGGAGGUGAGGUAGCAAGAUGAGUUUGGAGAUCAAGGCCACUAGAGCAAAUGAGAGGAGUGUGGGGCAUAUUUGGGGAACCCUAACGUCUUUCACAGGUCACGUUGGUUACUGCCAGCUUCUGUCAGGAAGUACCCCAGCUCCGCAUGGCCCCUCUUCACAACUUCCUGUGUACAUGGCUCAAAUAUAGGAUCUGUUCUAUACAUAUUGGAAUAUGUUUUAACUUAACGCCCUGCCAUCCCGACUCACACGGAAGCACGGGUCAAUUCUCUCUCUCUGCUGCAUUUGAAAACUAGUCCCUCCCAUCUCAGGCCAGCGCCAGGCUGAGGAAGCCUCAGUCCCUCGACUGUCCACCCUGCCUAAGGCUCAGGCCACCAGCUUUGGGGCUCAGCUUCCUGGUACUCACAGCAUCUCAGAACAGGGUGCUUGCCUGUCCCUCCAGCUCCAAGGACUCUGCCUAUCCAGGGACAUCCCCUGGGGCUGAGAGGCCAUGCACAUGCAGCAAGCCGAGGCACCCUGCAGCCCAACACCCCCCUCCUGGAGUGGGAAGCGGGGACCACGGAACUGUCCAGGUGUCACGUCUGAACUGGAACUGUUUGACUUGAACCCGGGAGCUUUAAAGCUUUAUUUAUUUAUAGCUUCUUAUUAAAAAAAUAAAAUCGUUGGGAAGGAAUCUCUCGGUUAUUCAUAAAGAGCAAUGGAUUGAUGGAAAAGCAACUGGUUGUCUUCUAAUUGUCUUUGUCUAGGUGGAGAAUGAACACUAGCAGAUGAAAUAAACCCUAAAAAGGUCA